AUGGACGCGAUUGGAUCUCACGGCAGUUCUUAUGGGUUCAAGCUCACGUAUGGAUUGUUUCAAAUUGUGGGAAUGCUAGUGAUGGUGUUGAUCGCGUUUUGGUUGACGUAUUACUGCGGCGGUUUCGCGUGGUCUUCUGAGCCGUUGCUGCAAUUCAACUGGCAUCCCCUGUGCAUGGCUUUUGGGCUAGUGUACCUUUCUGGAAACGAGCUUCUUUUCUCCCUUUCAGCGAUUCUGAUUUAUCGAGGUCUGAGGUUUGAGAGGAAAAGGAAGUUGAAGUUGGCCCACGCUGGAAUUCAAAUCGUGGGCUUUUGUUCAGUCGUUUUCGGUCUAAAGGCAGUAUUUUCGUUCCACGAUGCCAAAGGAAUCGCUAAUAUGUACUCUCUUCAUUCCUGGAUUGGUCUCAUCACCGUCAUCCUUUUCGCUUGUCAGUGGUGUGGUGGACUGAUUUCAUUCCUGUAUCCUGGGAUUAAAUCAGACCUGAGAUCCAAGUAUUUGCCGUUGCACGUCGUUUUCGGCGUCAUCAUUUUUGUCUUGAGUUGCACCGCCGCGAUCAUGGGACUGCUGGAAAAAGCCAUCUUCAAAUUGGGAACGGAUGGAAGGUAUCAGAGCUUCAACUCAGAGGGAAUUCUCAUCAAUUUCAUUGGAUUACUAAUUUUUGUUUUCGGCGCUUUGGGAGUUUACCUUGUGGUGCAGCCGACUUACAAACGAGUUGCUUUAGCGGAAGACGAACUCCUGCUACACCGGAGAAAGGUGCUCGAAAGCAGCCAGGAACUGCGCGAAUUCGAAGCCCGGCUCCGUGGCGCCUAUGUCCGCAAAGCUCAAAUUGCGCAAAUGGCCGCCAAGCGGUUGACCCUCGCCCAGGAAAAGUCUGAAGCAGCGGACGAAAGAUUGUAUUUCGAACAAGAAGCGAAACUGGCUGCCGAAGAGGCCCGUCUCCUGGAAGAAAGCAAACGCGAAGAAAGCCAACGUUACGCCAGAGUCUUGGAAGUCCAGUUGGAAGAGCGACGGCGUCAAGAAGUGGAACGUGUCAAGGAACAGCUUAAAGACCGAGUCGAGCUUGAGAAACUCGCUGCGCGUGAGGAGGAAGAGGAUAGACAGGAAAUGGCGGAUGUGAAGCGGAAGCAAUUGGAGUUGCGAGCUGCCAUGUUGGAUCUUUUCGAAGCCAAGCGUCGUUGGAUGGAGGAAUCGAGACGAGUGUUUGAGAUUGAGGAAACGCUGAGGCAAGACUAUGUUAAGAAGAGGAGGUUGGAGGAGGAGGACAAGAAGCAGCAAAAGGCCCAGACUUCAAUGCAAAUCGAAGCUGUCAAAAAAAUGCUGGCGGAAAAGAUCCAAGCUGAGCGGGAAGAGAAAGAGGAGUUGGAAAGGAUUCGAGAAAUUCUGUGGGAAGAAGAAAAGCGGAAAAAAGAGAAGGAAUUCUGGGAAGAAGCCGCGAGGAAGCAUCGGCAACAUGUUCAAGAACUCAAAAUCAACCACGUUAUUCAAUUGCGCCUGCGAGAAGAAGAAAAGGCUCGAGAGAAAGAAGAAGAAGCGCGUUUGCGACGAGAGAUGAUGAAAUGGUACGCUGAACAAGAGCGUGUCGAAUUGUACACUGCUCAGAAGCGACGGGCAAUGGAAGCGGAACACAGAAAAUCCGUGGAGACGAUGAUCCUGGAACGCAGGGUUGCGAAAGAAUUGGAGCGACAAGAAGAGGAUCGUCAGUGGCAAGAAUGGCAAGCCGAGGAGGAAAAGCGACGCCGCAUCAUCGAGGAGGAACAAGAAAGGUUGAUCUUGGAACAUGGACCGACCUUGGGAGAUAUGCUACCGAAACUGUUAUCUCGCACAAAGAUUGUGUAA